UUGCUUGGCCCAUCACCAACUGCAUGGUCGCGCACAUCGCCCUGGAGACAAGGUGGCGACGGCAGAAUAAUUCAUUCGUGACUUGAGGAUUCACAGCAUCCCGUACUCGCAUAUACGCUUCGACCCGUGAAGAAGUUGAAUCCUUUCAGCGACAAGCAAUAGAAGGGAGAAGAGAAUUUUGGAUACCAAUGGCGAAACCUCAGCAGUUCAUCUACAAUCUCAACAUAGUUACGGAACAUCGAGCGAAGGUGCAAAACUAUCUAACUAAAUACCGAAGGACUCCUCGUCUCCCUCAAGAAAUUCAAGACAUCAUAUGGCAACUUGCUAUACCUGCGCCACGCCCGAUCCAGAUUACCAUACGAGUUAACAACCUGCUUCAAGACCGCUGGGUUUGGGGGGCUGGACCUUUUACAAUGCUCAAGGUCUGCAGGCAAUCUCGUCUAAUGGCACACGCCGUCUACAGAUCUCGACUCGAAUCCUCAGACAGUGCUUAUGUAUAUAUGAAACAUGACCUUCCACUCAUCGGCCUUCGCCAGACCUUAGAAGUCUACCCAAUCGUGUCUUGUAGUUUAUUAGGCUGUAGGGUGGUUAAGAGUGGGCUGCAGGAUAUGAUAUGUCUAGUGUACUAUUGGAACUGGCCGCCCGAGGAGGACGAACUGGUUGCGUCAACGAUUAUCUGGAAAAGUCGGUACCAGCAGUACAGGGACGUCCUACCAUGGAGGCUUCAUAAAUUGCUGUCUUCUCUUUGUGGAAGUACAUAGUCGUGG